AUGAACCCCGGCGGUCAACGUACGGCCUUGGAUUUCAUCGCGCCGGCGCUUCUUUUCAUAGUGAGUUUCGAAGAAUCGAACUUCACAAAUUUUUUAAUGAUCAUAAGGAAACAAAGGCCUAUAUGUUACUUUGAAUAUUUAUAAAAAGUAAGUAUCCUCUCAGAAAUUUCCCUGCACUUUGGAGCUUCGUUUCUGUGCUUUAAAAAUCAAGAUAUAUUUUUCAGGACGGCGUCAUCGGAAUCGCUGCCAAUGGGGCGCUUUUAGUGCUGCUUUCCAAAGAGACCAUGACGUCAUUUUCGGUCGUCUGCUGGGUCCGAGCCUUCGUCAACCUCGUCAUCCUUCUUCUGGUCUUUGUCAUCGACAACGCGCCUGCUGCCUUUCUGUAAUAUUUAUUUCAUUUUCGCAAAAUAUUCAUCAAACCCUACGAGAUCAAAAGACGCUGUAGUCCGGUCUGUAAAUUAGCAAUUUCUUCAAGAAUCAGCAAAAAGUUUCUAAACUCAUUGUCUGCUGCAUGGAGGAAAGUAAUUUUUUAAGGCUAAGGUAAAAAUUUAGGUAAUUCAUCCUUCUUCUGGUUUUGGUCGUUGACAACACACUUUUCGUAGAACCUGUAGUCAAACCCAAGAAGAUUUGAUUUCUUCAAAAACCGAUUUAAGAAGAUUAAAUAUUUUAAACUUCGACCAAAAGUUUUUUUGCUUCUACUUUGAGAACUACUGUAUUGACGGAAGUAGAUUUUUUUCCGUCAGCAAAGCCAAAAAAAUAUAGAUAAUUACAUACAGCUUGAGAGGCACUUCUCGUACUUAUUUUUGGGAUGGGAAAAGUUCGAAGGAUCACAAAACUUUGCUUCGGCUGAGCCGGUUUCAUUAAACAAUAAAUUAUGCUCGAAAAAUAGAGAAAUCUAUCAGAUCUAGAUGUAUCAAGAAGUGUAAAUAAAGAACUAAAACCAAAAUUGGAAUAUAUUAAAAGGUAAACGGCGUGUUUUAUUUUCGAAUAAAAACGAGAAACUGAAGCUUUUAAAAAUGUAUAAGAUAACUUACGAGCUGGAUGUAAAUCAAACCAUAGAAAUGAUUGAGGAACUUUUUAGGGGCAAGUCGCUGCUGCCAGAAAUCGUGGAAACAUUCAUUUACGCAGUGGCGCUGCUCGUCUACAUGAUCAACCAAGUCACGUCCCUGUUCAUCGCCGUAAAUCGUUGCACUUCCGUGUUUUUCCCGAUGCACUUCGAGAAAGUCUUCCGCGUCAGUGUCACUGUGGUAAGCUUCGAAAAAGUCAUUUCCUUUAGUUUAGUUCGACGAUUAUCAGUUAUAACUAACUGGUAAUUUUAGUUCCUAUGAAAUUACGAGGUUUCAGACUACAAUGAUUCAAAAUAGCUUUUCCUUUCAUUUUAAAAGAUAUGUCUGAAAUUAAUAACUUAAACGUUUGUACUUUCCGAGCAAAAAGUAAUUUUAUUUACCCCUUCGAAUUACUGCUUCAGAUAGAUGUAAAAAAUAAUGUUUACGGUCCUAAUAAUGCCCAUUUUCGGACAUGCCAUUAGACAUAGUCAUUCUCGUUAAAAACCAGCGAAACUUAUCAUAAAAAAGAAGGGAAUUGGUGGAUAAACAUAUGCAUUUAGAUGUUGAAAAAAGCCAAAAAAAAACAUCCAAGUUUCGGAAGAAACAUCUGCUUUUUUGCAGAAUAAAAUGUUUUUAUUAGAACUUUGACGACUUUGAAAUGAGUUGGUUUUAGGUAAUACUUUUUUUGCUCUACGGGAAUGCUGUUCGUGUAGGUGUUUCGAAUUUUAUUAUGAGUAGGUUUGAAAUGUGUGGAAUUUUCUUAUAACAAUCUUCAGAGCAAUCCUACAAUCCGCCUUGUCGCACACUUUUUCUCAGAGAGGAAAUGACCUGGGCGUCGAUACCUGCAGAAACUUGUUCCGAGGUUUUCCCAGCUUCUCUGCGCGAAUCGAAUUGAAAAAAAAGCAAUAUUCAGGACAUGGAGCAGAUGUUGAGACAGGGAAUAACGGUAGGGGCAUUUCUUUUUUUUAUCAAUCUUAUAACCUUCGGGAAGAUCGUCCAUUUUCAUUAUGUGAGCUGAUUUUGAAAGCGUCGAUUAACUAUAAUUAUUUCAAGACGAACAGAAUCGAUAACCAGACUUCUAAUAAACGAAUCCGCAAUAACAUUCUCCUGUGGUUCCAAGUGAGCAGUCUAGAAUGAGCUUCAUCUUCCGAGGAUUUUCAGACGAUUCUGCAAGAUUUGCUUUACACCACGGACUUUGUCUUCACGGCCAUUUUCGGGUUCUUCGGUUGAUCUUUUUGAGCUGACGUUGGUAGUUUUAGGCCUAUGAUGAAUGAAAGGUGGUGGGCGUUUCUGUCCUAUACCUUCAUUUGGGAAAACGUUCUGACUUUUGAUGGGUUAGUUUGGAAAUCAUUAUGAUCAAGAAAAUAUAUUUAAGGAUCGUCAUGAUAUUGUUCAGCAGAGGAGCUGAACCAUUUCGAAAUAGAAUGCAUCGUUUUUUAUAUAACAAACCAAAAAUUCCACCGUCUCAUUCAAUAAGCGGACGAUGGUUCGGCGCCUGAAAGAAGAAAUUUGCGAUUAAAUUUUUGAACUCCUUAUCAAGAAUAUUCAAAAUUUUCGCUGGAGAGAGUAUCAGAAUAUAUUCAUGGAAAAUCGUUUGUGAAUUUUGGGUCCAUUUUUUUACUUCAUGAACUAAAGAGAAAAAGUGGCCACAGAAAAAAAAAUUUUUUUAUCAGAAAUAAAUCUUGAAUAUCGUGUUGAUCAGCUCGAAAGAAACUUCAAAAAAAUUUUUCACUUUUUUUCUUAAAUGUCUAAACUCUAAAGUUAAGUUUUUCGAUAUAUCUGUGAAAAAAACCUUGUUACCGGGAGAAAUUUUUUUCCGAACGCAUACAAUAUCCACGAAAAAAAGUUGCAAACUAUAUAUAUUUAACAAAUUUAAAUGCAAGGUGGAAUGGUUCUGAAACCAGUGAUUACCUGAGGAAAAUGGGCGUAACAAUAAGAUUCAGCUUCCUCAGCUGAGAUGAGAACUUCUUGAUGUAGAAGAUCGAUUUUUCAUUUAUUUUAUCACAGAUUCAGAUUUGAGCUGCUUUCAUUUAUUAAUCCAUGAAACUUCUGCGAAAUGGCAUGAAAAAGGCCACUUGUCGACCUUUCCGACUUUUUUCGAGCUUUUUUUCUGCUUCUCACGUCACUUUUUUUUGAUUCAGUAAACUCAAUGAACCUCAGCGUCACUCAUCAACGUUCGGCACUGGAUUUCAUUGCACCGGCGCUCCUUUUUAUAGUUCGUUUUUUUUUUCACAUGCCUGAUCUUGAAGUGAGAUAGCUGACCGUCUAAAAAGUUCGUAUUUACUUUUCUUCUAAGUUCAUCGGAAAUUUUUCAUAUUCCCUGAUUUGAGUUUUCAUGCUUUUCUAAACUUUUCUAAGGUUGAGGCUUCGUGGAACUCAAAAGCUGCUCUGAAUAUGAAAAAUCGGACUAAUUUCAGGAGAAGUUGGAAGAAAUGGGGAGAUUUAUAUUCUUUCGUUAAUUCCAAAAAUAUGAAGAUUUGAUUCUUUUCGUUUGCCCGUACUGUUUUGCUGAUAGUCAGAGGAUGAUUUUAAAAGGUCACUUCAUCCUCUAAGUUUCGCUUCAAACUCUGAGACAGCUCGGAUCUUCUUAAUGCAAACCGGACUUGAAUCGACGUGUCGGAGCAUUUCUAGUGACUACUUCAGUAGUGUCAGCACUCUUAAGUGAUCUCUAGAAUUGCUCAGAAACGUCCGGUUUUGUUACGGAGGUCCGAUGAAGCAAGGGAAUCAUAGCCUUGGUUCGAUAGAGCGAUCUUGUGAAACUAUCGUUGAAGGAAGAUUUCAUUUUACAGGACGGCAUCAUCGGAAUCGCUGCCAAUGGAGCGCUUUUGGUGUUGCUUUCCAAAGAGACCAUGACGUCAUUUUCGGUCGUCUGCUGGGUCCGAGCCUUCGUCAACCUCGUCAUCCUUCUUCUGGUCUUUGUCAUCGACAACGCGCCUGCCGCCUUUCUGUACAUCUUUUAAUUUUUUAAAACUCUUUUUGAGGAACUUGAAGGUUAGGACAAGCUGUAAUCCAUGCAGGAAGGUUUGAUUCCUUUAGGAACAAGUUUUUUUCAAAGAAAAUGGAUAAUUUUCUUAGGCAUUGAGCAAAACUUCAACUGUGAGAACUACUGUAUUGACGGAAGUAGAUUUUUCCGUCAGCAAAGCCAAAAAUAUAGAUAAUUACAUACAGCUUGAGAGGCACUUCUCGUACCUAUUUUGGGAUGGGAAAAGUUCGAAGGAUCACAAAACUUGGCAUUAGACCGCCGAUUUUUGCCAACUGGUUUUUAUUCAUCAAGAAGGCCUGGAUGUGUGUCUCAAUAAUUGUUUCAGAAACUAAAUAAGAAGUCAAAGUUUUGUUCUUCCCUAUCUUGAAGUUCGGAAGAACGUCUGGAUUUUGUAAAACAGUGUUUCAGUAUUUUUUUAUUGUAAAAAAAGUUUUUUUAUAAAAAAGCUAAUUAAUUAGGUACCUUGGAUCUGGCGAAGACGUUAUAUAUACUCUUGAGUUGCUCAAAAUGAAGUCUUUCAAAACUUCCUGUUCAUCUAGAGCGUCUAUAGACUCUAUCGAGAACAAAGCAUGAAAGUUUAAAGAAUCAAAAAACUUUCUGUGAGUGAUUGAUAAAGUUUUGAAUGUCAGAGGCAAAUCGCUACUGCCAGAAAUCGUGGAAACAUUCAUUUACGCAGUGGCGCUGCUCGUCUACAUGAUAAACCAAGUCACGUCCCUGUUCAUCGCCGUAAAUCGCUGCACUUCCGUAUUUUUCCCGAUGCACUUCGAGAAAGUCUUCCGCGUCAGUGUCACUGUGGUAAUCAACAGCUUUUUUCAAUCAUUGAACUUAGACUGAAUUCUAGACUAAAACUGUUACGUUUUACUUAACUUUUUAAGAAACGAACUUUCCAAUAAAAUUUGGGGAAUUUUUUUUUUGAGUUAACUUUAUUUGCUCAGGUUGUACUGGUAUUAAUGUACGGGCAUGCUACUGUGACAUCUGUUUCGGGAUUCAUAAUGAGUAAGUUUAGAUUUUUCCAAAAAAAUAAAAUGACAACUUUAUAAAGAGCAAUCCUACAAUCCGCCUUGUCGCACACUUUUUCUGAGUCAGGAAAUGACCUGGGUAUCGAUACCUGCAGAAACUUGUUCUGAGGUUUACUCAGCUUCUUCUCUGAGCAAAUGGAAAAUAUUCAGAACUUGGAGACGAUGUUGAGUCAAGGAAUAACGGUCGGUGCCAUUCUUUUCGUCAUCAAUGUCAUCACUUUUGGGAAAAUCAUCCAUUUUCAUUAUGUGAGCUACUUAUAAAAAGGCAAUUUUAUAAACUUAUUUUAGACAAAUAGCAUUGAUGAUCAAAUUUCAAACAAAAGAAUUCGCAGAAACAUUCUCCUGUGGUUCCAGGUGAGCAGUCAAAACGAAGCUUCAUUUUUGGAGGCCUUUUUAGACAAUUUUGCAAGAUUUUCUCUUCACCACGGACUUCGUCUUCACGGCCAUUUUCGGGUUCUUGCUACUCGUUUUCAUUUUUUGA